AUGUUUGAAGAUUAUUUUUCAUUCCAAAUUUUUUUUAUCUUUUUAAGAGAAUCCUUGGAAAUUAUUGUUAUUCUAUCUAUUCUAAUAACUAUUGUCCGUAAGGCACUAGGUAUCAAAGAUGAAGAAGAAAAUUUAAUUUUUACGGAAGUUUCUACUACCACUACGGCUGCAACUGCAGCAACAACAUCUGAUAUUGCAAUUGCAGGUACUCUUGACACUGGUAGAAAUAUAGCAGAUCCAUAUGGGACAUCCCUCUUAUCAGUUUCUUCCCUUGGACGUGGUCUUACUGUGGAAGAAGAAGAGGAAAUGUAUGAUUUUUCAGGUGAAUUUAGAGAAGAAGAAAGAACAGAGACAGAUAAUCAAGAAAGAUUGAAAAAAUAUAACAGAUUAAAAUUUCAAAUAUGGAGUGGUGGUAUCUUAGGUUUAAUAUUGUGUCUUGUAAUUGGUAGUACGUUUAUUGUGGUAUUUUAUCAUAUCGGUUCAGAUUUGUGGUCACUAAGUGAACAUUACUACGAAGGGGCACUAAGCAUUGUUGCAUCCAUUAUUAUGUCUGUGAUGGGUUUAUUCUUUCUAAGAAUGGGUAAAUUAAGGGAAAAAUUUAGAGUUAAAUUAGUCAGCAUAAUCUAUUCAGAACAAGGCCAUAUUUUGAAGGGAAAUGGUAAUGAUAAUGAUAAUAAGGCAUUGACUUUUAGCAGUAGAUAUGCAUUUUUUGUCUUACCGUUUGUGACUAGUUUGAGAGAAGGGUUAGAAGCUGUUGUCUUUGUUGGUGGUGUUGGGAUCGAUCAACCAUUGACUUCCAUUCCAUUAUCUAUGUUAGCUGCAGUAUCCAUCAGUUUAAUCUUCGGUUAUUUUUUCUUUAAAUACUCAAGUUCGUUAUCUUUAAAGAUAUGUCUUUCAAUCACUACAUGUUUUAUGUAUCUAAUUGCAGCUGGUUUAUUUUCUAAAGGAGUUUGGCAAUUUGAACUGCAAGACUACGUCAAUAAAUGUAAUGGACAAGAUAUGUCAGAAGUUGGUAAUGGUCCUGGAUCCUAUGACAUCUCUAGGUCUGUAUGGCAUGUUAAUUGUUGCAACGGUGAAAGAGAUGGAUUCUGGAUGCUUUUGACAGCUAUUUUUGGUUGGACUAAUAGUGCUACUUAUGGCUCUAUCAUCAGUUACAUCAUUUAUUGGUUAAUUCUAAUUCUUGCCAUUAAUAUUUUAAUAAUUGAGGAAAAAUGUGGUUAUAUUUCAUUUUUACCUAUUUCAUGGCAAAAGAAAAGAAUUGUUAAAAGAAUAAAAAUUGCAGACACUUCAAUAAAGAUGAAGCAAAGAAAUGAAGAGAAUAGGUUGUAUCUGAGUGUAAGAAAUGCAAGAUCUAAGGAUAGUACAACACCUUUAAUUACUCAUUAA